ACUUGUGUCAUUAAGUUGUGAUAUUGUCAUAUUUGUCAAGUAAUCUGAAAAUUGGUAAGUAAUAGAUUAUAAGGAUUAUUUUUAUGGUGCGAUGUGGCUCAUAACAGGAAUAUGAAAGUUGGAAAUCCCAUACAUUGUUUGACAAUUUUUAAUGACAAAUGAUCUUUUUUGUGGCUGGCUUGUCCUCUAUUUGUACUUUUUUAAUGAACUUAUCUGGCGGCUUUUCAACAGUUGACCUCGAACGCAGAUGCAUCUGGGAUCACAUCUCAGCCAUCCAUUCCUGUCCAACUUGUGCAGAUUGUCAUUGCCAUGUUCGUCAUGGAUACAUGGCAGUACUUUGUGCACCGGUAUAUGCAUCAGAACAAAUAUUUGUACCGCCAUGUCCACUCACAGCAUCAUAGGCUGGUAGUCCCUUAUGCAAUUGGUGCCCUUUACAAUCACCCACUUGAGGGUCUCCUGCUUGACACUUUUGGUGGAGCCAUCUCUUUCCUUGUCUCAGGAAUGACAGCACGCACGGCUGUGAUUUUUUUCUGCUUUGCCGUAAUCAAAACUGUUGAUGAUCAUUGUGGACUAUGGUUGCCUGGCAACAUCUUCCAUCUAUUCUUUCAGAACAACACUGCAUAUCACGACAUCCAUCAUCAACUCCAUGGCACAAAGUACAACUAUUCUCAGCCGUUCUUCUCCAUGUGGGAUAAACUUCUUGGAACUCACAUGCCUUACAAUCUUAUAAAGCGACCUGAAGGUGGUUUUGAGGCGAGGCUAAAGAAAGAUUAGCUGCAAUGUGACAAUUUGACUCUACUAUUUCAGGCUCACUUCAUACGGGAGUUUUUUAUCAGUCGAGGUCGUGCCAUUCUUCGGAAGUUGAUUUAGAAUUGUUUGUUUGAGGCUUCAAAAUCUAGCGUCCUAGCAGGAGGGAGGUCAUUGAUUUAUCCAGUUGCUUGACAUAGUUCUCCCAUCUCCAUGCAGUUGUGAUAAUUUCGCCAACCAACCAUAUUAACUGUAAUUGUGCUGUUUUGGUCUGUUUGCUGUGUAAAAUAUCUCUUUAUGUCAUGUAACAUUUAGUCUUCAGGUUUGUUGUGAUUGAUAUACUGAGUAACUUAAAGACUUAUGUGCUCAGCGGACUGGAAGUUGUUUGCAGAGUCGGAGAGCCGGGAUAUUUAAUUUAAUGCUGUUGUGUCCAAUACUCA